AUGGCUGACGGAGAACAAGGACUGCCUGGAGGUCUCGGUGGUGUUUCCACUGAUCCUACUACUCCUAAGCAAACAGUUGACGACUAUCUCAAGCAGUACGGUGGUCCCAACUCGGCUCUCAGCAAAAAUUGUGAUCCAGAAUGUAGUGCUGCAGCUGACGAACAAAAACGUCAAGAAUGCUACAAGACGUGUAUAAAAGCAAUCGCCCCUCUGAUGGAUCUACCCGAACCCCAAUUUUGA